AUGAACUUGCGCCUAACAUGGCGCCAUAGUUCUGAAAGAGAGCGUCGAAAUACGGCAGCUCUGAUGAAGACUAGAAACCCGGAAACCCCAUUGGAGGAGAGACCCAAAAUACAGCAGAAAAUUCAUCCGAAUCCCCCGGGUCUGUUUAUUCAGGACAGACCUUCGCAUACCACCAAAAUAAGCCAAAGCUUCUCAACUACACUGCUCCACGACUCAGGCAUUGAUUCAGGACAUGGACAAAGGUUGAGAUGGACGGCACUGCCGACCAAGUCUGAUAGUUCAGAUGAUGCCGACGCCAAAGUGAAGGUCAAUACCAGGGCAACUGUCUCUGGUCCUCGUGUUAAGCACCUCGUUUAUCUGCCCGCGCGGCUGAUCGACAUGACUGACGCUCAGCCGUCUGAGGAAACCUUCAAUGAGCAAGAGAUUAUACACAUUUUGAAGCGCAGUGAGAAAAGUCUGGCAAGGCUGUUUUUCUUUUAA